AUGGCCACUUUUGUCAUGCAAUCGCUAGGUUGCGACGUCUCUGCAAUCAACACUGUGCACUACAGCAACCACACCGCAUACAAGCAGAUUAAAGGCACAAAAACCUCCGCACCCGAGAUCCUCGACCUCUACGAAGGAUUACGCCAAUCGAACCUGACCAACUUUGACGUACUCCUGACGGGAUACAUGCCCAGCGCCGAGGCCGUACAAGCCAUAGGGACGAUUGGCAGAGAUAUCAAGUUCAAUGCUGGCACGAAGCCUGGUAGCUUCUUCUGGGUGCUCGAUCCGGUCAUGGGUGACAACGGCAAGCUGUAUAUUCCAGAGGAUGAAGUGCCAGAGUACAAGGGACUGUUGCGUGAGGCAGAUCUCAUACUGCCAAACCAGUUCGAGGCCGAACUACUAUCUGAUACCCCCAUCACCGACCUUAAGUCUCUCGCCGCUGCAAUCCAAGUCCUCCACAAGACCUACCAGGUUCCACACGUAAUUAUCACAUCCUUGCGCUUGACACGCGACAACCAGACCAUACCCUCGAGACCAGUAUCAAAGGCCGGCACCGGCACACAUACCCCCUCCGAUCCGCAGCAACCCAAUGCAGCAACAUCUCAGUCAACCUCACAAUCCCAAGCACCGCAGAUCGACCUGAACGAUAUCGAAAACCUCACAAUCAUCGGCUCGACUGCAACCUCAGACUACAAACCACGUCUCUUCCGCAUCGACACGCCACAACUCCCUCUCUUCUUCUCAGGAACAGGAGACAUGUUCGCCGCGCUGACAAUCCCCCGUCUCAUCGAAGCCGUACACGCUGCUUCUACGCCAGAGUUGAAUCUACAUGCGAAACCAAGCUGGCGGUCACCUGAUGAUGUGCCAGCCGAGGAACUUCCCUUGGCGAAAGCGUGUCAGAAGGUUCUCGCGUCCAUGCAAGCCAUACUCACCCGCACAACAUCCGCCUGUCAGGACAAGAUGGCUGCAUACGAUGCUCGCGCCGCGAAAGGAGGCCGUGGUGAAGGCGACGAGGCGGACGAGGAAGUUAGCAAGAAGCGUCAUUUGGCGCUCAUGAAUGCUAGUGAAGUCACGGUUCCGCGGUACGUGAAGGAGAUGUUGGAUCCGCCGGACCUUGAAAGGUUCAGACCUCGAGCAGUGCAUGAGGGCGAAAGUGUACCUAGGGAUGUUGGCAAGAGGAAGCCUGAUGAAUUGAGUGGGCUACAUCUGGGUGUUGGGACCAAGGAUGGUGGUGCGAUGCAGGUGCUACAAGAGGGGACGCAGGGUAAAGUUAUCAGAGAGGGUGAGAAGAAGGAUGCUGGGGAUUCAUGA